AUGGCCUCGCUUCGAACAACACAGAGCGCAGCGCGCCUAAUGCGCUUGCCCCGUGUCGCUUUUACGACCGCUCCUCGACGAUUCCAGAGCGGCGCCUCCACCUCCGCCACGCCUCCUGUACCGACCGGACCUGUCGAGUCGAACCAGCCAGACUACAGCAUUGCUCCCGAUAAGGCGACUUCGACAUUCACUCCCGUGCCAAAGAAAGUCCAGGAUGGCAGCGAGGAAGAGAUUCUCCCUGCGGCUGUCUUGUCCGGUGCACCUCUGGAACUCCAGGCCCGUACUGUUCGCAUCUACAAGGAGGCCAAGCCUGCUACUCAAUCAGGCGACUGGCGUGGUGCACACUGGCGAAUGGACUGGGACAUCCUUCCAAAGGGCCAUCGCUGGGAGAAUCCUCUCAUGGGCUGGCAAUCAUCUGGCGACGUGAUGCAGGGCACCAAUAUUCACUUCCACAGCAAGGAGGAUGCCAUCAUGUUCGCAGAGAAACAGGGAUACGAGUACUUUGUGCAGGAGCCGAACUCCCGGAAGAUCACGCCAAAGGCUUACGCCAACAACUUCCUGUACUCUGCGAGGAAGCUCAAGCAUAUUCGAACAAAGUGA